AUGAGGCAAUUUUCAUCAUUAGUUUUGAGAUCGAGGGCUGCAGCUCCAACUUUGAGGGCUUUUUCGUCAAUUCGAGUUGGGCCUGCCAUUACCACCUAUGGUGGGAUAUUAUCGACUAGAGUGCAGGGGUUGAGAUUCUAUUCUGAAGAAGCAAAGAAAUCUGACAGUGAUGCAGCGGCAUCUGAAAAGGAAUCGGAGGGCGUUUCUGUCAAUGGGGAACAGAAAAGAAUUAAUGAAUUAGAGGAAAUACUAGCGUCGAAGUCGAAGGAAGUGACAGAGUUGAAGGACCGUCUGUUGAGAUCGAUAGCCGAUUUCAGAAAUUUACAAGAAGUUACAAAGAAGGAUGUGCAGAAAGCAAAGGAUUUUGCACUGCAGAAGUUUGCCAGAGAUCUUUUAGAAUCAGUUGAUAACUUUGGACACGCGUUGAACGCCUUCAAACCAGAGUCCGUGGAGGAAUCAAAGGAAAUUGCUGACUUAUAUGAUGGUGUUAAAAUGACUAGAGAUGUGUUUGAAAGGACCCUUAAGAAGCAUGGAAUAGAGAAGCUUGAGCCCUUGGGAGAGGAGUUCGACCCUAACAAGCAUGAGGCUACCUUUGAGGUACCUCAAGCUGACAAAAAGCCUGGCACCAUAUGCCAUGUGCAACAGAUAGGGUUUACGCUAAACAACAGAGUCAUCAGACCCGCUAAAGUUGGUGUUGUGAAGGAUAACGAUACUGCUUAA